CCGCUGAUUGGCCGUGAUCAGUCUCGUGUCAUCGGUCUAUGGUCGGCGGGUCGCGCGCUGCUCUCAGAUUGUUUCUUCUAGUGUUUGAGUGAAGAUGACGCGUGAACGCGCCGCACCCGCGGGGAAACUCACGCAUCCUGGAAAAGCAAUACUGGCAGGUGGUUUCGCAGGUGGAAUUGAAAUCUGCAUCACUUUUCCUACAGAGUAUGUAAAAACUAAACUACAGUUAGAUGAGAAAGCCAAUCCUCCACGGUACAGAGGCAUCACGGACUGUGUCUCACAGACGGUUCGUCAUCACGGUGUGUUGGGUUUAUAUAGAGGUCUCAGUUCAUUACUGUAUGGAUCCAUCCCGAAAUCUGCCGUCAGGUUUGGUGUAUUUGAGAUAUUGAGUAAUCAGAUGAAAGAUCAGAAUGGGAAACUGGACAGUACUCGUGGUUUAGUCUGUGGUUUAGGUGCUGGUGUCAUGGAGGCGGUUCUAGUCGUGUGUCCAAUGGAAACAAUAAAGGUGAAAUUCAUCCAUGAUCAAACAUCAGCAAAUCCUAAAUAUAGAGGGUUUUUUCAUGGAGUACGAGAGAUAAUCAGAACUCAAGGAAUCAGAGGGACGUAUCAGGGUAUAACAGCGACUGUCCUCAAACAAGGAUCCAAUCAAGCCAUUCGGUUCUUUGUCAUGACGUCACUCAGGAACUGGUACAAAGGUGAUAAUCCCAACAAGUCCAUCAACCCCAUCCUGACCGGUUUGUUUGGUGCAAUUGCUGGAGCAGCAAGUGUGUUUGGAAACACCCCUCUGGAUGUUAUCAAGACAAGAAUGCAGGGUUUGGAAGCUCAUAAGUAUAAAAACACUUGGGACUGUGCUGUUAAGAUCAUGAGACAUGAAGGACCCACGGCGUUCUACAAAGGCACGGUUCCACGUCUGGGCAGAGUUUGUCUGGAUGUUGCCAUUGUCUUUAUCAUCUAUGAGGAGGUUGUGAAGGUUUUAAACAAAGUCUGGAAAACUGAGUAAAAUCAGGAGAAUAUCAAUAGAGAUUAUUUGAGACACGUUCAAGUUUGUAUACUUGGGUUUCAGCACACACCUCACAUCUGUGAUAGGACUGAAUCUGCUGUUUACAUUUUGUUUUUAAAAAUCAUUAUACAUAAUAAUAUAUUACAUUUUGCUUACAUUAUUUUAAUAAUAUUUAAUCACAUUUAAAAGAAUUCGCUCAUCACAACCUCAAUCACAAUUCUUAUUUAGAUAUUGAAAUAAUGUAUGUGACCCUGAACCACAAAACCAGUCAUAAGGAUCAUUUCUUUAUUAUUUAGAUUCAUACAUCAUCUGAAAGCUGAAUAAAUAAGCUUUGCUUUGAUGUAUCGUUUAUUAGGACAAUAUUAAGAAAUUAUUUAGUUGAGAACUAUUUUAAAAUGAAAAAAAAAAAAACGAAAUACUGAGAAAAUCGCCUUUAAAGUUGUCCAAAUGAAGUCCUUGGCAACACAUAAAACUGAUGAAAAAUAUAUAUAUAUUUAAUACAUGUUUAGGGUAGGGAAUUAACAAAAUAUAUUUAUAGAACAUGAUCUUUAUUUAAUAUUCAUUAAGUAUUUUUUGGCAUAAAAUAAAUCGAUAAUUUUGACCCAUUCAUUGUAUUUUUGGCUAUUGCUACAAAUUAACACGCAAAACUUAUUACUGGUUUUGUGGUCCAGGGUCACAUAUGAUCUUUUACGUUACUGUAAUGAGAUUUUGGAGAGAAAACAGCCUGAAAAUGCCACAAAUGGAAAAGUUCUGUCAUCUUUUUUUAUGCAAAGUACAAUUCCUCGUUUUUGAAUUUUGAGGUCAAAUAUGACCCAUGUUACUUAAAACUAAAAGUUUACAAUAACCAUUUAAGUGUGCCAAAUGUAACAGAUGCACUAAAAACAUCCUUAACUAAACACACAAACAACAUGUGUGCAUUUAGGUACACACACAAACGCAAGUGUGAGAAAAAAUAUACAGUUAAAGUGUUAACAUAUUAAAAUGUAUUUAAUAUUAGAAUGAAUGUUUAUAGACCAACAAAAUCUUAAUGGGUAAAUAGAAAUAUCUGUGUAUUGGUGAUGUAUGAAUAUUUACAGUUAUAUAUUGACAUAUUUUUCAUAUAGAGAUCAAUUUAACCUAUAGAUCAUUCCAUAACAUAAUGAUGAAAUAUAUUAAUUUAGUAUUAAUAUUUUACUGUACUGUAGGAAAAUAUUUUUAGCCUUAUGACAAUAUUUUUACAUUUCUUUUUUUUAUAAAUUUAUUUAUAUAUAUUAAUAUUUUUAUUAUGCUACACAUGUGCCUUUAUCCAUUUAACCCAUAAUUAUUUUUUUAGAAACAUGAACUUGCAUUUUUUUAUACAUUACUCUUGUCAGUCUCAUCUUUGUUUUAAAGCAUCUUAAUCAUUAUCUCGGACCUGCUGUAUCUGUCCAUGUGCAAUAUCAAGUUUAUUGUCCAUAAUAAAACAUGAAUGUAGUGUUAUCUGAAGAUCUGUACAGAAUGAAAUGUACUGUAACGCAGUUAAUGUAAUUCUGUGAUGAGACACAGUUUAAUGUUGUUAUUGGAUGUGUUUAAAGAAAAUAUCACAGAAAAUAUUUAAACACUUAUAAAUGUCUGAAUGUCUGUGUAUAAUGAACAAAAUAUCAAAGUCUCACUAACUCAACUAACCACGGGUUUUGAUCUGGUGUCUUUAUUUUGAUGACACCAUAUCUGUUGUUUAAUUUUUAAAUCCUUGCCUUACACAUGCUUUUCUUGUUUCUUUAAAUAAAUGACAGUUUGAUUUUUUUAAAGAUAUUUGGGUGAUUCUCACGAAAACUUGGUUUUAAACAUGUCAAGCAUGAAAAUGUAAAAAUUGCUUAAAUUUACUUUUUUCCCACCAGACAUUGAAAAACAAAGUCUGGAGUAAAUGGGAACAUUAAUUUUAAAACUUUUACUUAUCAUUUAACACUUUUUGUAACAUAAUUUAAAACAUUAGUCCUAAAAAAUCUCAUUACCGCAACAGUCAGAAAACAUCAACACUGAAAUAUUUUCAAAAUGACAUGACAAACCUGAAAGAACAUAAUUUGGAGAUUGUGCACAUGCAUUUAAAAUCAAAGUAUUAUGCUUCUAUUAAUUAAAUUAACAUUUAAUAAGCAUCUGUUGCGGUAAUGAUAAUCAAAAUGUUGUGUAAGCAUUCUGACAAGACAAUAUUUCAAAUUAACUGUAAAAAAUGAUCUUACCUGGUAGCCAUCUUGAAGUAACUGGUCCAUGUGCUUGCUUGGUCACUCAAAAUCAAACUUUAUUAAAAUUCUGUAUGUGUGCUUAAACUGUUCUCAAAAAGUGUUGCGGAGGAUGAGAACAUCAGGCAUGGACACAUCAUUUGCCUAAUUUUUCUUCAUUAUUAUUAUACAUGAAUAUUCAGUAAAUAUUUUUUCUGUCAUCUAAAGUAGUCUAGCAAAACAUCCAUUUAUUUUUUUUCUUAAUAUUUUUGUGUUAAUUUGAUUAAAUUACAACAUAACGCAUGUUCAAACACAGCCGGACACAUUGCGGUAAUGAGAAUUUCAGCAGAAAAUGAGAUAAAAUUUCCAAUUAUAAAUUCUUAUGUUGAAAUCACACAUUGUGCAAGGUAGAACACAGUAUUGUGUUAAUUCUGAUGCUUUUUAAUGUUACUAUAUUACACAUUUUAAAGCUAAAAUCAUUAGUGCCGUGGUGUUUCAAUGGUUUCGUGAGAAUCACCCAUUUAGACAUCUCUACUAACAUGUAACUUAAAGGUCCACUUUCUUGCACUGUCAGUAGUGUCAAAUAAUCUCAUGUUAGUGGAUAUUUUGACUUGUGACAGCUAGAUGGCAGAGUCCAACACUGAAAACACUUCAGGAGGAUGUUUUGUGUAUGUACUGUAGAUCUUUGCGUGUGUUUGCGUAAAUCUGGAGUAAAAGUUCCUAAUACUACAUGUGCUAAUAAAAUGAGUUUAUUUUUGAAACCGUUAAA